CGCUCACGUCACGAAAUGCGAGAGGCACAGGACAGGGCAGGGCAGGGUCCCCGUCCCCGACCGACUCCACGGGGGGUGUUUGUCGGGGCCAAGCCAAGAGAGUUUAAAAGGAUGAAGCCUGCUCUACCCGCCCGCCGCCCGGGGCGGCUCUGCCUGAUUGAUUGCUCGCAACAGGGGCGAGAUUGAACUGACUGUGCAUCAUUCAUUCAUCGCCCGUUGCCCACCAUGCCCGUCACGCAGUUUGAGACCAAGGAGAAGUACCGUUAUCAGAACGGCUUCAACUCCCAUUUCGAAUCCGAAGCUGUCGAGGGUGCGCUUCCCAUCGGCCACAACUCCCCCCAAAAGCCCCCGCUGGGUCUGUACGCCGAGAAGCUUUCCGGCACGGCCUUUACGGCGCCCAGGCACGAUAAUAAGCAAACAUGGCUGUACCGCGUCUUGCCGUCGUGCGCGCACCCGCCCUACCAGCCCGCGCCCGAAACCCGCACCGCGUCGGGGAUGCCCAAGGAUGAGGCGUCCAAGAUGCACUACAUCCCCAACCAGCUGCGCUGGGAUCCCUUUGACCACGACGAGGCCAAGGACCUGGACUUUGUGUCGGGCCUGAGGCUCGUCGCGGGCGCGGGCGACCCGACGCAGAAGCAGGGCCUCGGCAUGUUCGUCUACGCCGCGGGCAAGAGCAUGGCCUGCGACUCCGUCUUCUACUCGGCCGACGGCGACCUGCUCAUCGUCCCGCAGGAGGGCGACCUGGAUAUCCGCACCGAGUUCGGGUGGCUGCUCGUCCGGCAGAUGGAGAUUUGCGUCAUCCCGCGCGGCGUCAAGUACCAGGUCCAUCUCGUCAGCGGGCGCGCGCGCGGCUACGCGCUCGAGCUCUACCAGGGUCACUUCAACCUCCCCGAGCUUGGGCCCAUCGGCUCCAACGGUCUCGCCAACGCCCGCGACUUCCAGGCCCCCGUGGCCUGUUUCAGCGACGAGUUUGGCGCGACGGCGUCGGACGGCCCGCAGACGUUCCUCGUCACGGUCAAGUUCAACAACAGCCUCUUCGAGACCAAGCAGGCCCACACGCCCUUUGACGUCGUCGCCUGGCAGGGAAACUACUACCCCUACAAGUACGACCUCGGCCGCUUCAACGCCAUUGGCACCAUCACCUUCGACCAUCCCGACCCCUCCAUCUUCACCGUCCUGUCCGCCCCGUCACCCGUCCCCGGCACCGCCGUGGCCGACUUCGUCAUCUUCCCGCCGCGCUGGCUCGUCGGCGAGGACACCUUCCGGCCGCCGUGGUACCACCGCAACACCAUGAGCGAGUUCAUGGGCCUGAUCCGCGGCGGCUACGACGCCAAGCGGGGCGGCGCCGGGGGCUUCGUGCCCGGCGGCGCGAGCCUGCACAACGUCAUGAGCGGCCACGGGCCGGACGCCGAGAGCAACGAGGGCGCGCGGGAAGCCGAGCUGAAGCCCGUCAAGGUCGGCGAGGGGAGCUGCGCCUUCAUGUUCGAGAGCUGCCUCAUGGUGGGCGUCUCGGAAUGGGGCCUCCGGACGUGUCAGAAGGUGCAGGAGGGCUACAACGAGGAGAGCUGGGGCGCCGUCCAAUCGCACUUUACGUUGCCCGAGGGAAAGAAGGUGAUUAGCCAUUUGGUGGCUCCGUAAAGGGACGUUUCACGACAUGACGAAGAAAAAAAAGAAACCAUCAUUGUCUGAUUGAGGCAAGGCAUGUGCGACUGACGUGAGGUGGCAAGGGACCAACUAUGGGACUGUACAGCAUGUGCUUGAUGUAUCUUGAUGUAUGCAUGGUCAGACGAUCCACAUGACAUGCGAAUACCACUUAGCUUGAUUUAAGUAUAGAUCGAAGUACGCCUUAGAUAUGUCGUGUGUGAGCGUAUAUGUGGUGAGGCG